GGCCCCAACAAGCUCGGUCGCAAGCGGUUACGAUUCGAUCUUCCACUCGGACUUUAUUCCUAUUCAGAUGCAUGUCGUUCAAUUUGAUUUUCAUGGUACCCCGGGCGUCUGGAACCAUCCUGGAAGCCUUGAAUUCCUUGAGGCCUCUGGUAUUUGAACCCGCGUCUCGCUAUCAGCUGAUUUCUCACGUCUCACCCCCUACGCCUUCCUCUUUUACACACUCUCUGGUCGAUCGUCUAUCGAAUCAUGUCGAAUCAUCAGCUCCCACCAGCUUACUACUCGCAGCAAUGGGGGUAUCUUUUCACCCAGUCUGAACAAAUUGAACACCAGAAGACGGAGCAGACGCAAGAUCGCGGGCAUGAACAUGAGCAGCUGGAAACCAUGCGCCCACCGCUCUCUCCCGCCGAGUUGUUUGCUUACCAGUAUGACAAUGCAAAAAAGUUUGCCAACGCUCAGCACGACGGCACCGCCUCGCCCACCUACUGGUCUGCUGAGCAAUAUCAAGGCCUCCCCACUGCCCUGGCUGCCUCGGCCUCCGCGUCCUCUUGGUCGACACACAACGGGUUUCAGAUGUACAACCAAGGUAGCCCGCUCGCCCUUGUAGGGUCUUCCUCCUCUGGUUCUCCCACGCUUGGGUAUUCCUACGCCCACUCGCACUCCAACUUAUACAUGCAGCCAACCACCCUCGCGUACGGGU